AUGGAUCUGUACGAUCUUAGCCAGUACCAGAAGUGCUACGUCCCACCUUCCAAGCAGGCAUCGCCUCGCAGCUUCAUCCCAACACCACCAGAUUCUCCGAAGAGCAGGAAAUCAUGCUCUUCCAGCAGAACAAGCAGGUCUGGUCGAAGCAAAUCUUCCAAGCCCAUUUCGCCUCCAAUGCCAUUUGAUGAUAUGCAUGAGGCUAUCCUGGUCAUCAUUGAAGAGGUUGUUGAGAAGCAGAUGGCGAAGGCGAUGCUCUCACUGAAGGUGCAGAGUGAAGACUUCGAUGGACAAAACGAAACGCUUAACCAACAAUUGGGUCUUCAUCACCAAUCCAUUCAGAGGCAAAACGACAUCUUUGAUUCCCAAACAAAGGUGCUUAAUAGCCUUCUCGCUACGACGUCGGGCAUGAUUCAGUCUCUUGCUGAAACUCCGAUGAAUUUACAACAGGCAAUUUCUCAGGCAGCCCAGGAAGAAACUCAAAGAACAAUUAAUCAGUUGCUCAGACAUCAGCACCAGAACUUCCAGGACAAUCUUCCCAAUCAGUCGUGGCCGCCUUGCCUGCUUCCCGGCGGAAGUGUACCAGUUCAUAAUUCGUCCUGCCAUUCUAUCUACUCAUCACCAUCAACAGAUUGUGGACAAGUACCUACAAGCUUCCACAGCGGCCAGAAAUCCUCAUGUCAAAUGGCAAAGGCAACCACUUUCAGGAGGAGGGCGUGGAUGAAGUUGAAGCAUAUCUGGUAG